AGUGUACUGUAUAUAUAUAUGGAUAUAAAUCAAUCAUUAAUUGGAGACCUAAUAAGCGAGGGUAAGACCAAACAGGUAUAUCAUUUGAAAAAUGAUGGCACAUUUGGUACAAACGAUUCGCUGGUUUAUGUAAAAAAUAAGGAUAACAUAUCUGCCGGUGAUAAUAGCCGUAAUCGGCGUAUUAUGUUAGGCAAAGGUCGUAUCACCUGCGAGACCAGUUCAGCCAUUUUUGGUUAUCUGAAUGCAGUCGGUUUGGACACAGCUUUCAUCGCCAGAGACCGGAACUGUGAUAACGGAUUUGUGGCCAAACACUGUCAAAUGAUACCAAUAGAACUGGUCAUUAGACGUAUAGCUAUGGGUACAUAUCUGAAACUGAAUCCCGAUGUCAGCGAAGGUUACCGCUUUUUGACGCCAUUAGUCGAAAUACACAUCAAAGACGAUGCAAAUCACGAUCCGUUGUGGUCAGUGGACAGACUCGUUGGCGAACAGUUUGUCAUCAAUGGGCUGUCGGUGGACAGGGAUGUGAUCGAUAGGAUAUUGAAAUUAGCUAAACUGGUCUACGAAAUACUUGAACGAGUCUGGCAUACGAUUGACUAUCAAUUGGUCGACUUGAAAGUCGAGUUCGGUGUAGUGGACAACAGCAUCGGCGAUACAAAACCACGUCUAGUGUUGGCCGAUAUCAUUGACAACGAAACCUGGAGACUGUGGCCGUCGGGCGACAAGAAACAGAUGGUCGACAAACAGAUCUACAGAGAGUAUAGCGAAGGCCAAGUGGACGACCAGGUUAUCGAUUAUGUGCGGACAGUGUUUCAAAAUGUAUCGGAUUUGACUCAACAGUUGUUCAGUUUGGAGAAGAAGUCGAAGAAAUGUCUGAAAUAUUUGCCAAAAGAGUCGAUCAUUAUUUUGACUGCCGAUGAAAGUCACACAACAAGUAGUGAAGAUAAUCAUUGUUUGGCCCAAAAUUUAUCUAAAUAUCUUCAUAAUGAAUACAAUAUAAGCGGCAUAACUGUCCAGAAAAUUGGUGACCACUGUUGGCAACAAUUAGUCGACAAACUAAGUCAAAGCUAUUGUCAGCUAAUAGUGACAAUCGGUUGCAUUGAUAACGACAACUAUUCAUCAAAAAUAGCCACAAGUGUUGCCAUACCUGUCAUCGACUAUUGCUAUGAUGUUAAUCAUAAUUCAUUACUGGAUCCGAAAUUGUUGGACAAAAAUCUAGUCAAUCAGAUAAUCAAAAUUAUGGCCAUCAAUGACCAGUUUAUUUGGUCUAAAAUAAAAUUAAGACAAUGUUUUGAUAGCACAUUGGAUGAUAACUAA